AUGGUGGAUGAUCUAAAUGGUACAGUGGCAGAUUUUAUUUCUAAUGGAGCUUGGAAUCUUCCUCCUUUAUUACAACUUCACUUCCCAGGUCUUUGCGACCUUAUUGAGCAGGUUCCCAUUGCUUCUGAUCCUUUAGCUAUUGAUGAACUUAUUUGGUCUGCAGCAUCAUCUGGUAACCUUACUACAAAGGACUCUUUUCAAUUUUUAAGACCGCAUGCUCCUUCGGCUUCUUGGAGUAAGUCUAUUUGGUCGAAAUUCAUUACACCCCGUAUGUCUUUGUUGGCAUGGCAGGUCUUACAUGCCCGGGUUCUUUCUGAGGAUUUAUUGCAAAGGAGGGGUAUUGCUCUUGCUUCUAGAUGUGGUCUUUGUUGCAAGAAUGUGGAGUCUGUUGAGCAUAUUUUUUUGAAUUGCUCCUUUGCUUUAGCAAUAUGGCUUUUUUUGUUGCAUAAUUUUGAAUUGGGUGCUUUGCCCAGUUCACUAUUAAAUGUCUACAAUUGUGGUCUUCAUGCUGGACGUAGUGCUCAACUAAAGGAGUUAUGGAUGGUGGCUUUUACUACUGCUCUAUGGUUCAUAUGGAAUUCUAGAAACAAGGUCAGAUUUGACGGUGUAGUGGUUCAUGCAACUAAUGUGUCUGGGAUGAUUGUUGGGCAUAUUCAAGCUUCUAGUCGCCUUGUUACUGGAGUAAUGCAUAACUCAAUUCUUGAUCUUCGAGUGUUGAAGUGUUUUGGGGCUAGUUGUAAUCCUCGCAGUGCUCCUAGAGUUUUUGAGGUUAUUUGGCGCCCUCCUCCUUCUGGAUGGGUUAAGGUUAACACUAAUGGGGCUUGGAGAAGAGGUUUAGGUGUGGGAGGCUAUGGUGGUGUUUUCAGGAAUGAUCAAGGGUGUUUUAUUUGA